CCCUGAUCGAUUAAGCGAACGUCUUCGCCUAUAUAAGCCGAAGCUGAAACCCGCACUCCCCGUUCGGUUCCUAUUCACCUUGUGUUCUCACUCUUCGAUCGCACCAUGGCGGGAAAUAUCAAGAUCGGCAUCAACGGGUUCGGAAGGAUCGGGAGGCUGGUCGCCAGAGUAGCGCUCCAAAGCGACGAUGUGGAGCUCGUCGCCGUGAAUGACCCCUUUAUCACCACCGAUUACAUGACGUACAUGUUUAAGUAUGAUACCGUGCAUGGAUCUUGGAAGCAUCACGAGAUCAAGGUGAAGGACUCCAAGACUCUUCUCUUUGGCGAUAAGCAAGUUACUGUUUUUGGAGUUAGGAAUCCUGAGGAGAUUCCAUGGGGUGAGACCGGUGCUGAGUACAUUGUGGAAUCCACUGGUGUCUUCACUGACAAGGACAAGGCUGCUGCUCACCUUAAGGGUGGUGCCAAGAAGGUCAUCAUCUCCGCUCCCAGCAAGGAUGCUCCAAUGUUCGUUGUAGGGGUGAAUGAAAAUGAGUACAAGCCGGACAUUAAUAUUGUCUCCAAUGCAAGCUGCACGACCAACUGUCUUGCUCCUUUAGCCAAGGUUGUCCAUGAUAGAUUUGGAAUAGUAGAGGGUUUGAUGACCACAGUUCAUGCUAUCACUGCUACUCAAAAAACCGUUGAUGGACCAUCUAGUAAGGACUGGAGAGGUGGACGAGCUGCAAGCUUCAACAUCAUUCCUAGCAGCACUGGUGCUGCAAAGGCUGUUGGAAAAGUGCUUCCUGCUUUGAAUGGAAAGUUAACUGGUAUGGCUUUCCGUGUUCCAAUUGUUGAUGUGUCGGUUGUGGAUCUCACUGUCAGGCUUGAGAAAGAAGCCACCUAUGAGGAGAUCAAGGCUGCCAUCAAGGAGGAAUCUGAGGGAAAGCUGAAGGGCAUCUUGGGAUAUGUGGAGGAGGACUUGGUAUCCACCGACUUUGUAGGAGACAAGAGAUCAAGCAUUUUUGAUGCCAAGGCUGGAAUUUCUUUGAAUGGAAAGUUUGUCAAGCUUGUGUCUUGGUAUGAUAACGAGUGGGGCUACAGCUCACGUGUUAUCGACCUGAUUCGCCACAUGCACAAGACCCAGUGAGAUCACCUGCUUCCCUUGCCCAUGCGGGUUGGUGCUGUACGUGGCCGUUCCGCCCUUUUCUUGAUACAAAUAAAAUAUUUCUGACGUGAUGUUAGCUUGGUUUUUAUAUGUCUACCUUUUGUUUUGUGAUGUUAAUUUCUUAGUUCAAUGUGAACCUGAAACCCGAAGGUUUUCAAGACUAUAAUUUUUAAGUUAUAUUUAUUUUUUUCUCUUUAUAACUUGAUCGAUUAAUUGAGCUAGUUUUAUA